GCGGAAUCUACGAUCAUGGAGGCAGGAUGUUGACGUGCAAACCAGCUGCAAACUUUCCUCACGAAUUCUCCUUCAAUAAUCAAGCUCUGAAACAACAGGUUGCCAGAUCCUGUGCCGUGAAAUCCUCCUCGGGAAUUGACAUGUGUAACGUUAGGUAAAAUGGCCGCUGAACUGUUUCCUACCAAAAAAACGCCGGUUGUCACAACUCCCACCACUGGCACGGCUUUACAACAUUACCAACAGCAAAACUUCAGCAACAACAACACUAUCCAGGGAUGUAACUGGCAAGGCUCGUAUCCAAGUAUCAGAGAAAGAAACGGAAUCAUGUUCAACAACGAGCUGAUGGCCGACAUUCAUUUCGUGGUGGGGCCCCCCGGAGGAACCCAGAGGGUCCCUGGACACAAGUAUGUUCUAGCAGUCGGCAGUUCUGUUUUUCAUGCUAUGUUCUAUGGAGACCUGGCUGAAAAUAAAGAGGAGAUCCGGAUCCCUGACGUGGAACCACCCUCGUUCCUGGCCAUGCUAAAGUAUAUUUACUGUGAUGAGAUUGACCUGUGUGCCGACACCGUACUCGCCACCCUAUACGCCGCCAAAAAGUACAUCGUUCCCCACUUGGCCCGUGCCUGCGUCAGUUUCCUUGAGACCAGCCUGAGCGCCAGAAACGCCUGCGUCCUGCUGUCACAAAGCUGCCUGUUCGAGGAGCCUGAUCUCACUCAGCGCUGUUGGGAAGUCAUCGACGCACAGGCGGAACUCGCCCUCCGCUCGGAAGGGUUCUGCGACAUCGACGCACAGACUCUAGAGAGUAUCCUGCGGCGAGAGACUCUCAACGCCAAAGAGAUGGUGGUGUUUGAAGCCACCCUGAACUGGGCGGAGGCAGAAUGUCACAGACAGGACCUCCAGCCAACCAUAGAGAACAAACGUCUUGUUUUGGGCAAGGCGAUCUACUUGAUUCGGAUCCCGGCGAUGGUGCUUGACGAUUUUGCGAAUGGCGUGGCACAAUCCGGCGUGCUGACGCUGACCGAGACCAAUGAUAUUUUCCUGUGGUACACGGCGGCCAAAAAGCCCGAACUGAAGUUUGUGUGCAAACCGCGAAAGGGCUUGACGCCGCAGAGGUGCCACCGAUUUCAGUCAUGUGCGUACCGUAGCAAUCAGUGGAGGUAUCGCGGGCGCUGCGACAGCAUCCAGUUUGCGGUGGACAAGCGCGUCUUCAUCGCCGGAUUCGGGUUGUACGGUUCAAGCUGCGGCUCAACGGAGUACCAGGCUAAGAUCGAGCUGAAACGUCAGGGCGUUACGCUUGGCGUCGCCAUUAUCAAAUACUUCUCAGAUGGUUCAAGCAACACGUUCCCUGUGUUCUUUGAGUACCCGGUGCAGAUCGAACCCGACACGUUCUACACGGCAAGUGUGAUUCUGGACGGUAAUGAGUUGAGUUAUUUCGGCCAGGAGGGGAUGACUGAGGUCCAGUGUGGGAAGGUGACCUUCCAAUUUCAGUGCUCGUCGGACAGUACCAACGGCACGGGCGUGCAGGGAGGCCAGAUCCCCGAACUGAUAUUUUACGCUUGAGGAAAACCUGUUCGCACCGGAGGCGCUUUAUCUGACGGAAAUGCUUUUUUUGUUCUUUUACAAAGUGCUGCUCACAUUCACAGAGACUACAAAAA